CUAAACCUUAUUGUGUCUCGUGUCAUACAGUUCUACUUACGAACAGGGAAAUAACGGGGAAUUGGAAGUGAAAAAAAGUACCGUUCUGUAAUUACGACUUUGUGGAAAAUAUGGAGUUUCUCAUAGGAAGCCCCUUUUCUUCUCCUGUUGGACAAAGAAUUGAACGAGCCACCAGCGCCGCGCUGCAUUCAGAGGACUGGGCCCUUAACAUGGAGAUAUGCGACAUCAUCAACGAGACAGACGAAGGACCCAAAGAUGCAGUCAAAGCCAUAAAGAAGAGGAUUGUUGGUAAUAGGAGCUUCAGGGAGAUCAUGUUGGCUUUGACAGUUCUGGAGGCAUGUGUAAAGAACUGUGGCCACCGGUUCCAUGUUCUAGUGGCGUCCCAGGACUUUGUGGAGGGGGUUCUGGUCCGAGCCAUCCUGCCCAAGAACAACCCUCCCACCACCCUGCACGACCGGGUGCUGAGCCUCAUACAGGCGUGGGCCGAUGCAUUCCGUAGCUCUCCCUCUCUGGGAGGUGUGGUCUGUGUGUACGAGGAUCUGAGGAGGCGGGGCCUGGAGUUCCCUAUGACCGACCUGGACGCCCUCUCCCCCAUCCACACCCCCCUCAGGAGCAUUCCAGAGAACGACUCCUCUGUUACAGUGCCAGCUCCACCACCUCAGAGUCAGACUCCCCGUGGCCCUGCUACCCCUGCUGACUCGUCCCCUACCCAGGCUGCACUGACUGCCGUGCCCCCACAACGCAGCGAUGGACCCAUCUCCAUCUCUCCUGAACAGGCCCAGAAGCUGAGAGUUGACCUGGCUCUGGUCAGGGGGAACCUGACUGUGAUGACUGAGAUGUUGAACCAGUUGACGCCUGGACAGAACCAGCAGGAGGACUCUGAGCUACUGCAGCAGUUGUACCAGGUGUGUAGGGAGAUGCAGAGCCGUGUGGUGGAGCUGAUCCCCAGGCUGGUGGACGAGGGUCUCAUAGAGGAGCUGCUGGUCGUCAACGAUGACUUAAACAAUGCCUUCAUCCGCUACGACAGGUUUGACAGACUCAAUAAGGCCCAGAGAACAGCUACAGAGCAGCAGACUCCUGCCAGGGCCAACCUCAUUGACCUCAGCCCUGUGCCCCAGUCCCUCAGCCAACCAGCAACCACCUCUGUGGCCGCCAGCCAACCCGCAUUCAGCGCUCCCUCCAAUCAGAGGCAGGCUGCCAACCACA